GUCCUGCUCCCACCGCGGGGACUCCAGCCGCUUUCCCGGCGGGGCGGAGGCUCCGGCCCGGGAGCCUUUGCGAGGCCGGUUGCCUAGGCGACCAGGGGCCGCGUCUCUCCGGCGAGAUCUAGGCCACGACCAUGGGGACGACUCCUGGGGGAACGAGCCCCGCGGGAACCACUCCCGAGGUGGAGAGAGAUGCUGAAUUCCAGGAGCAUGAGAAGAUUCUGUCUCCAGAUUUUCUUUCAGUUGCCCAAAUCACUGAUUUGCAAGCAGAGGACGCAGGUGGAGUUCAAGAAAAACUGGGGACCUUUUUGAAUUUCAAAAAUCUUCAGACUUGUUUAAAGGAUGCCAUUCUUCUAGAUUAUUAUGCAUCUGGAUUUUUGUGGGCUAGAGGAAUGGACUUUUCUAUUAUUCAAUAUUCAAAAUUUAUGACUUUACUAGAUAUGUUACUUCAUAAUCUUCGAACACUACAUAUGUCUUUAGAGGGCAACAUAAAAUGGCUUGGAGAAGUUAUGGCUGAAAUAGGACCAACCCAUUCACAAAAAAGCGAGGAAUGGAAUAUCUUUGAUGUAAAACAAGCCAAUGCCAUCAUUGAUUACUUAAAAAUCAGCUUAUUUCAACACUACAAACUAUAUGAGUUUCUGUUCUACUCUACCAGGGAAGAAAUCGUGAUAGGAACUGAGCAAGUGAUAGAGGUUGUCAAGCCUGCAGGUCACUCCUUCCCAGAUCCUCUGGAAGAAGGAAUGUCAUUUGAUAUUUACACAACAUUCAUAGAGCGACCCCCAACACUGGACACAGAAACCAAGGGGUUGGAUCAAGAACAGGGCCCAGAGGAGUCCCAGCCAGAAACUGACACUUCAGACAUGGAUCCUUUAGUUGGUUUCACCAUUGAAGAUGUAAAAUCAUUGCUGGGUCAAGUCACAAAUGACAUUUUAAUCGGCAUUCAGACCGAGAUAAACGAAAAGCUGCAAAUACAGGAAGAGGCUUUUAAUGCACGAAUAGAAAAAUUGAAAAAGGCCUGAGGACUCGGUAAAAGGAGAGUGAUGCUAAACUUCACAGAAACAAACAAAACCAGAUGCAAUAAUAAACACUCUAGAGCAUCAUAUCUCCUUCAUUUAGUUGUGAAGGGAAACCCAAGCCCUGCUUUUCAUUAUCCUAACUAAUUAGAAAAGUACCAGUCCCAAUUUUGCUAUCUCCUGUCCUAUAACAGCCUCUGAAUUUAUUGCAUCAAGUGUAAUAAGAAUAUGUUGUAUACAAGAGUUUGGAGAAUUAUAUAUAAAAAUACAAUUACUUUUACGAUAUCGUUCUUUGACAUUUUGACUAAUAAAUGCUAUUCAUCUUCAAGGAGAA